AGCACACCCAAACUCUCCACUGCUUGCGCGGUCGCUGGGCCACGGGUCUCCGACCAGGCCCUACCCCCCGCGAGGCCGCCCGGUCUGUGGCAUGAAGGACGGCCCAGAUGGUCACCAUGGGCCAGUGCUACAACAACGAGACCAUCGGCUUCUUCUACAACAACAGUGGCAAGGAGCUGAGCUCCCACUGGCGGCCUAAAGAUGUGGUUGUGGUGGCGCUGGGACUGACUGUUAGUGUGCUGGUGUUGCUGACCAACCUGUUGAUCAUCGCAGCCAUUGCCUCCAACCGUCGCUUCCACCAGCCCAUUUACUACCUGCUCGGCAACCUGGCUGCAGCAGACCUCUUUGCCGGAGUGGCCUAUCUCUUCCUCAUGUUUCACACUGGCCCGCGCACAGCCCGGCUCUCGCUCCAGGGCUGGUUCCUGCGGCAGGGUCUGCUGGACACAAGCCUGACAGCAUCAGUGGCCACACUGCUGGCCAUCGCUGUGGAGCGACACCGCAGCGUGAUGGCCGUGCAGCUGCACAGCCGCCUGCCCCACGGCCGUGUCAUCAUGCUCAUUGUGGGAGUGUGGGUAGCCGCACUGGGCCUGGGGCUGCUGCCCGCCCACUCCUGGCACUGCCUCUGUGCCCUGGAAAGCUGUUCACGCAUGGCCCCCCUGCUCAGCCGCUCCUACCUGGCUGUCUGGGCCCUGUCCAGCCUACUCGUCUUCCUGCUCAUGGUGGCUGUCUACACCCGCAUUUUCUUCUAUGUUCGUCGGCGGGUGCAGCGCAUGGCAGAGCAUGUCAGCUGCCACCCCCGCUACCGCGAGACCACACUCAGCCUGGUCAAGACAGUUGUCAUCAUCCUGGGGGCGUUUGUGGUCUGCUGGACACCUGGCCAAGUGGUGCUGCUCCUAGAUGGUCUGGACUGCAAGUCUUGCAACGUCCUGGCUGUGGAGAAGUAUUUCCUACUCUUGGCUGAGGCCAACUCACUGGUCAAUGCUGUGGUAUACUCCUGCCGCGAUGCUGAGAUGCGCCGCACCUUCCGCCGCCUCCUCUGCUGUCUGUGCCUCCGUCGGUCCACCCAUGAGUCUGCCCGCCACACACCCUCCACCCGGACAGGUGCCAGCACUCGCAUCAUGCUUCCUGAGAAUGGCCACCCCUUGAUGGACUCCACCCUUUAGCCAACUUGGACUUCAGUGGGAUUGCAGCAAGUGCCAGAUCACACCACUGACCACUUGUGGAUGUGCCUGGUUCAGCCCAAUCUGAAGGACAGAAUUAAAGGCAGACCCUUGGUCUGGAUGGCACACCACCACUACCAGACCUCCCCAGACACACAACUCUGCCUACUCCAGGGCUUGGGGGUUUGUGAUCAUCCCUAGGUGCCCAGGAGAGUGUCAGAUGGGGUACAGGAAUCUGCCUCUUCAAUCGUCUCGGGUUGUGGGGUUUUUAAUGGACAUUUUUCUGUUUUGCUGCACAUCCCUGCUAAACCCUGUGGAUUGCUUCCUUGUUCAUGGUGGCAUGUGUUAAAGGUUGGAGAGAUGAGGACUCUCUCAGGCCACACUGCCAAAAAUAACAAGGACAGAUCAUGGAUGCACCAUCUGCCCGAGGCUGAUUCUUCAAGGGCACAGAGUUUGUGGCCCCGUGAAGCCUCCGGGGUUUGCCCACCCCCUUAGACUUGAGGGUGUUCAUGAGGAAGGCAUGUUAAGGAGUAAACCUUUCUUUCUCCUCUGAGAUGUCCAAAGAACUUCUGUCAUCAACUCAGUCUGUGACUGUGUCCCAGAAUUGUCCAUCUCAGCUUUAGCCUGUCAGGGAUCCUUCAACAUAGC